CAUUACAUGUCACGCUUGACCUCACUUCGCCAAGGUGAACUCCCACGUCAUGUACCGUGAUUGAACGAGUACUAUAGACCAGCAGACGUGUGUUUACAUGCAGUCACGUUAUGGAACGAGGUUUUAUCCCACAAACUUCUGGGAACUAAACUAAUCAAGCUGCAACUGUAUUGAGACUUUACGUUGAAGGUUCCAGCGUGAUAGCAUCUUGUUGUCGUGCUUGUCGGUCAUCUGCGAAUUGUGCCACGCAGUAUUUGUUACCUGACCCCUCUCGAGAGUCACAAUGGGAAGGCGUGGUAGUCGAGAGGAGCUGGUCUUUGAUGACGGCGUUGGCACCCGGAGGCCCAGCAAGUUCUUUCUCUUCAUUCUGUUUGUCAUGCUGCUUAUUGUCCUAGGUCUGACUGGGGCUUUAGUGUACUUCAUUUUGGACAGCAACGAUUGUCAUUCCACUUCCGAGCUGACUGGGGACAUGUGCAUGUCGACGCAGUGCAUCAAGUCGGCUUCGGUUUAUCUGGAAAGUAUGGACAGCUCCGCGAAUCCCUGUGAUAACUUUUACCAGUACGCCUGCGGCGGGUGGGUGAAGAAGCACGUGAUCCCAGAGGAUAGGUCACGUUACAGCUCAUUCGACAAACUAGACGAGGAUGUCACCAUCAAAUGCAAAGACUUAUUGGAGGAGGAUGCAGUAUUUGGAGAGCCAGUUGCCAUCACCAAUGUCAGAAGAUACUACAAGUCCUGCCUAGAUAUGGAAACCAUCAAUAGUAUGGAUGACCAGCCCCUGAUAGAUACGCUGGUCAAGGUCGGGGGAUGGCCCAUGCUCGGUACUAGCCCCGGUGGCAACUGGGUGGAGGACGACUACAAGUUUGAGAACCUCCUAGCUCUACUAGCCAAGGAGUACGGAAUAGCCCCCGUGAUCUCAUACGGGGUCGGUGUGGACGACAAGAACUCAAACCUGCACGUCCUACUGAUAAACCAGCCAAGCCUGCUGAUGGGUGGUCGCGAUUACUACCUGAAAUCGAACUAUUCCAAGGAGCGAGACGCGUAUAAGGACUAUAUGGUAAAUGUGGCCGUUGCUCUGGGCGCUAAUAAAGACAACGCUACAAACGACGCUGCAGAUCUACUGGCAUUCGAGACAAUGAUCGCACAGUUGAGCGUUCCAUCUUCGGAGAGACGAGACGCCAAUAAACUCUACAAUGUGUUUGAGCUGGGAGAGCUAGGAACAACUUACCCUGAGGUGAAUUGGACGGUACUCUUCAACCAGCUCCUACCAGAUACGCUGACGCCGUUACCAGACACCGAACGCGUUAUCAACUAUUCACCUCCUUACAUAGGCAACUUGACUACUUGGUUGUCAAGUCAGAGCAACAGAGCCGUUGCAAAUUACAUGGUGUGGCGGCUGGUAAGCUACAAGUUCGGGUACCUAGGCGACAAGUUUCUGGACAUCGAACAGGAAUUCGGUAAUGUUCUGUCGGGCACGUCGGCCCGUUCGGCCCGCUGGAGACGUUGCAUUGGGGAAGUCCAGUCCAGCAUCAUGGAGUUCGCUAUGGGCAGGAUGUAUGUAGACCUACACUUCCCGGAAGAAGCAAGGCUACAGACGAUCGAGAUGGUGGGCAAUCUGAAGACAGCCUUCAAGGCCAUGCUGACGCCCAAUACUUGGCUGGCAGAUGAGGAUAAGGUUGUCGCUGCACAAAAGGCUGAUGCGAUGGAAGUCAACGUUGGAUACCCAGAAUGGAUCAAGGACGAUGCAAAACUUGAUGAGUACUAUAUGAAGUUGGACAACUUCACCACCACUGCGUACUACGAGAACACUCAGCAGUACAUACAAUGGCAAUUGGAGAAAGCGCUUGGCUCCCUACGCGAUGCAGUGGAUAAGAAAACAUGGGGAAUGGGGCCAGCGGUGGUCAAUGCGUACUACAGUCCCAACGAAAACAAAAUAGUUUUUCCCGCGGGGAUCUUACAGCCACCUUUCUACCACAAAGAUCUGCCUUGGUAUUCCAAUUACGGUGGUAUGGGUGUGGUAAUUGGGCACGAGAUUACGCAUGGUUUUGACGACGAAGGGAGGCAGUAUGACAAGGAUGGCAACCUGGAUGAUUGGUGGAGCCAAAAGUCCGUCGAUAACUUUAAGGAGAGAGCACAGUGCAUUGUGAAACAGUACUCGGAUUUUAUCAUGCCAGAGAACAACCAACACCUGAACGGGGAACAGACCCAAGGGGAAAACAUCGCGGACAACGGCGGGCUGAAGGAGUCACUGAAGGCUUACCAUGACAACGCGAAGAGCCAGCCAAAGCUACCGGGAAUAGACCUGAACGAAGAACAAAUGUUCUUCUUGUCGUAUGGACAGGUUUGGUGCACUCUGUACCGCCCAGAGGGCGUGGCCAAUCUGAUCCUGACCAACCCGCACAGCCCUGGCCGAUACAGAGUCAUCGGCCCAACGCAGAACAGCAAAGCCUUUUCAGAUGCGUUCGGAUGCAAGGAGGGGGAUUACAUGAAUCCUAAGGAUAAGUGCGACGUCUGGUAAAGCAAAUUUGCACCUGUUGUACUUAUUGUUGAAGACAAAAGCUUUUGCGCCUUUCCGAAAUACACUUAAUUGAUUAUUGUUUAUUUGUCGUUUUUUUCCUAUAUCGUCUAAUCGGUCCGUAUUUUUAUUGAUAAACUUUUUUUCGGAAAUCAGUUCCGAUUUUUUUUUUUAAUUUCAUCUCCCAUCACGAUUGUAUGCAAAAUGGGCUUUCAGUAAUUUUUCAUUCCAAAUUGCGAUGGGAUGUCGGUGUGAUAAUGUACCAGCUGGAAAUGUGGAGCUUUCUCCUCGAUAUAUGUUUUGAAGCCGUUUAGAUUGUGCAAAUAAUUAGUUGCUGAUUUUUUUUUAAUUCGAAAGGCACCUUUACAUAUUGAAAUUAUGGAGAGAAUACUAUAAAGUAUACCAAUAUUUCUAAAGAAUGGAGUGCAUUGUACUUCAUAAUUGCAAUUAAGAAGUACAAUGUAUAUUACCCCAUUCAAGAAGCAUAUUCAAGGCUAUUUCACAUAUUUGGGUCUUUUUAAGUAAGGUUUUUUUUUGGUUUUGUUUAAUUUUUUUGAUUUCAUUUUAUUUCCGAUAUAAGUAUUAUACAGUGUACAAAUGAAUAUUGAUAAGCUUUCAAAAAUGCAUCUAUAAAAUUGGUUAAGAUUUUCGGAAAAGUUCCUUAAGUGCAGCAUAAACACCACGAAACACAUAUCCUUUUUUGAGGCUGUUUUAUUUUCGUUCUACAUUCAGAAAGAUAUGUAAUUUGUGUGAAUGGACGCAUCAGUUUUGUUCAUAGAAUGUGAACGACUUCUUCUCUUGAAAUAUCUUUGUAUUUCUCAGUAUUUUUUCAGUAUAUUCGUUCUUUGUAUUUUUUGUUUGUAUAAUAUGACCUUUUUUAUAAUUUGAGUACCAACUGAUUAGGCCAGAAGUAAGCCAACUAAGUCGGGUGAAAUAAUACAUUCUGCGACCAAAGUACCGACCUUAAACUUCUUAUUGCCACAUUCGGCCACAAAUUUAAUAUGUGGAGAUGUGAUGAAGUGAUGCGAUGAAGUGGUCCUAUUUUGGCCUGUAUCUCCAAAUUCCUGACAAACGACUCAUUUAGCUUGAUCGCAUCACAUAUUUGGAAAAUAUAUUGCUCUUCGUAUUCAAGUAGUUUUAAAUUGGUUUAUGUACGUAAAUAUAUGUUAAUUAAGCAGAAUAUUGUUAAAGCUACCCAAAACAAACAAACUAAUUAUAAAAGACCGACGGACCAAAAAAUAGUUUCCAAAUAAGAGUUAUUUUCCUACCUACCUGGAUAAUUUUCAGGGCGUCACCGUAAAGUGUGCCACCAAGAGUUUGCCAUGAGGAGUCUGUUUUUCAAGUUUACGUUCGACAAAACACGGCCCAUUUGAAUGAGUGUCGGUGAACAACUUGAGCUAAUUGAUAUAGAAUGGGGCAUAUCGUUCUGCCGCCUUACAGAACACCAUGAUGUAUAGUGCCGCGCUGCAAAUAUGUCUCUCAAAUGCUCUUGGGAAAAAAAUGGACUCUCUGUGGCAAACUCUUUGUGGCGCACUGCAUUGUAAACGCAGUAAUAAGAUAACUACAUUAAAAGAUUUAUACGCACAGAUUUUAAAAUUUGGUAACGUCUAAGUAAACUACUGUAAUUCGUACUGGCUUUUAUAUACAGCGUUUUAGCUACAGCAUUAAUUGAUUUAAGGAUUGUCAGAUUUUGUUUUGAUUCCAGAAAUAAAUAUUUUGUUUCCGGUUAUCAAUCAA